AUCAACUUUGCCAACGAGAAGCUCCAGCAGCUCUUCGCCAAGUACGUCUUCGAGAUGGAGCAGAAGGAGUACGCGGCUGAGGCGAUUCCGUGGACGUUUGUCGCGUACCCCAACAACGACGCGUGCGUCACCAUGUUUGAAGCGCGGCCCAUCGGCCUCUUCUCGCUCCUGGACGAGCAGUGCGUCAUUCCGCGCGGCAACGACGCGGCGCUGGCCGCCAAGUACUAUGACGUGUUUGCGUCGCACGCGCACCUCUCGUCGAGUAAGCUCCAGCGCGGCAAGACGCAGUUUACGAUCGCGCACUACGCCGGCGACGUCGUGUACACGGCGACCGGGUUCAUCGAGAAGAACAAGGACAGCGUUCACGUCGAGGCCCUCGAGCUCCUCGGCACCUCGUCCAAAGGCUUUGUGACGCACCUCUUUGCCAGUGACGAGUCGCGUCGCCGGUCGACGGCCGUGUCGCUCAAAGCCGACUCGCCGCCCCGCCGGGCGACGAACGCAGCGUCCUCGGUCGUCCUCAAGUUCAAGUCGGAGCUCUCGACGCUCUUGGAGCUCCUGCAUGCGACCGUACCGCACUUUAUUCGGUGCAUCAAGCCCAACGACGAGCUCGACCCGACUGCAUUCGACGACGUGCGGGUCGUUGAGCAGCUGCGGUGCUCGGGCGUCCUCGAAGCUGUCAAGAUCUCGCGCUCCGGGUACCCCGUGCGCAUGCUGCACUCCAGUUUCAUGCAGCACUACCGGUGCCUCUCGCCCAACGCCACGUCGCUGGACGUCCUCUUGCCCAAGCUGCUGCCGACGCCCGGCGCCUUCCAAGUCGGUUUGACCAAAGUCUUUUUGCUCCAAGGCGCGUACGAAGACUUGAACCGGUGCAAGAUCCACGUGCAGGCGUCGGCCGUGCUCUCCCUCCAGCGCUACGCCCGCGGCUUCCUCGCUCGGAGUACCUACCACAAGCAAGUGGCCGCCAUUACAACGCUGCAGCGGGCCGUGCGUCGGCGCCGGGCGAUGCAGCAAGCCCGGCGGCGCCAACGCCAGUCGCGUGGCAGCGUGUGCAUUCAGGCGCAUUGGCGCGGGUACCGAGCGCGGUCCGUGCACCAGUGCCGCGUGCAGGCCGUGCGCCUCGUGCAGCGGAUCUGGCGCGGCCACCGCGGACGGGUCUCGGCGGCGCAGAUGCGGCGCCAGAUCCAAGCCGAAGCCAUCAUCGAGCGCGCUUUGCUCAAGCAAAAGACCGACGAGGAAGCCAACCGUAUGAAGAAGGCGCGCGAGAUGGAGAUCAAGGCCGCGGCGCUCAUACCUCUCGGGACGGACCCGGCGUUCGCGGCCAAGAUGGGCCCACUUCUGCCGGCGCUCGGGCGACCGUUGGUGCAGACUCCGGUCGUGUUUGAAGAGUUUAGCUCGUCGGACGAAGAAGACGAAGGUCGUGACGUCACCAAGGGCGGUCGGUCGUCGUCGACGGCCUCGACGCAAGAGUCCAAGUCGACGUCGGACAACGAGUACGAGAUCAACUGGGAGUGCGGUAUGCUGGGCCUCUACUUUGAGAGCGACGAGGUGACCGGUCUCCCGGUCGUCCGCCGCGUCCACGAGACGCUGAGCACGUGCGCCGACAUUUUCGAUGUUUCGCCUGGCGACGUUCUGCUCUCGGUGAGCGGGAAGCGCGUGCAUAACAACGACAUUCGGCACAUCCUGCGGCUGCUCCAAGACAUUGACAAGCCGGUCGCGCUGCGCUUCCAGCGGACGACCAACUCGGAGACGCACCGCGAGCCGUCGCUCAUGAGCGACGAGUACGAGGUCCUCUGGCGCGACAACGUGCCCCUCGGUCUCGGCUUCAAGCCCGACAAGAAGAAGGAGAUGCCGAGCGUCUCGAAAUGCCGGGGCAACCCGCAGAUUCCGGGCAUGUUCAACGUCCGGCUUGGCGACUACCUCACGGCGAUCAACGAGAUCUCGACGUACCGGGUCGAGUUUGCGCGCGUCAUCAAGCUCCUUGAAGAUGGUCCACGGCCCGUCGUGCUGCGCUUCAUGCGCGCGGACCUGGACGACGCCCUUCUCGAGUCGUCUCGGGUGAGCGAGGCGUCGACGCGCGAGAGCAGCUUUCGGUUCAGCCGCAUGUCGACCAUGAGCCUAAACCCCAAGCGCGACGACUCGCUGUACAACAUUACGUGGAAGGAGGAGGACGGCGCGCUCGGGCUCGUCGUCAAGCAAGCCUUGUCGAGCUUUUACCCCGAGGUGACCAAGGUCAAGCCCGAAGGCGCGAUUCUGCGGCAGCCCAACAAGGUGCAGAUCGGCGACCUCCUCAUCAGCAUCAACAACAACAACAUCUCCAAGAUGGGCUUCCGGAACGCCAUGCAUUUGCUGCAAAUCGGCCCGAAACCCGUGCUCUUGACCUUCCAGAAGCAAGGCCGCGCGUCCCACGUCGGCGUGCCCGCCAGUAUUUAGUUUUUAGUAGAAUCAGCAAUCAAUGUGCUCUUGUCGGUGUAUGCUCGGGUG